GGCACAUGGAAAGCAAUGGUAGGGCCUACUUCCACUCCACCUCCUGGAUGGCAGUGGUUAGGCCACAAUGGCCAUGCACCAACUUCGAAGUAUACCACCACCUGAUCGUCCCUCAUCAGCUACACUCAAACUACAUAUUCUAACCUUAGCACCUCUGAAGCCCUUCACUUUGAUUCUUCCUGUCUACCUUAGAUUAAAAAGUGCCCUCGCCAAGAUCAAAUGCAUGCACCAAGUCCUCAUGUACCAGAGCAAUAUCGAUACAUUACAUAGACACACCCAGUGUUCUCCCUGGUAGGCUAUAAAGCCUGGCCAUGACACCUGCAUGGUUCUCUACACGACACACCAUCACUGCUACUCUCCACCAGCAAACUUUUGCUGCAGACAGGAACCUAACACACUUGUUCGCUCUAGCUCUUGCUUUCCUCCAGCAGAAUGGCCAUGAAUCAUCUCUCCCAGGAGCACCCCCAGGCCUGGCCCUGGGGUGUGGCCAUGUACACGAACCUACACUACCACCACCACUUGGAGAGGGAGCACCUGUUCGAGAAGCCCCUGACACCAAGUGAUGUUGGUAAGCUCAACAGGCUGGUGAUCCCCAAGCAGCACGCCGAGAGGUACUUCCCACUCGGCGGCGACUCCAGCGAGAAGGGCCUGAUCCUAUCCUUCGAGGACGAGGCUGGCAAGCCAUGGCGGUUCCGGUACUCUUACUGGGCGAGCAGCCAGAGCUACGUGCUCACCAAGGGCUGGAGUCGGUACGUCAAGGAGAAGCAGCUUGAUGCCGGCGACGUCGUGCACUUUGAGAGGAUGCGUGGCCUUGGCAUGGGCGACCGCCUGUUCAUUGGCUACAGGCGACGCGGUGAGAGUGCAACCGCGGCAGUGGCACCGCCCCCCGCUGUGCGCACAGCGGCGGCUGCACAGGGUACCGGAGAGCAGCAGCCUUGGAGCCCAAUGUGCUACAGCACAUCAGGCUCAUACCCAACCAGCCCGGCAAAUUCCUAUGCCUAUCGUCACUUAGUGGACCAUGAGCACAGCAACAUGCAGCAUGCAGGAGAAUCUCAGUGGGACAGAGACAACAGGAGCUGCAGUGCAGCAUCAGCGCCGUCGAGGCGGCUCCGACUGUUCGGCGUGAACCUCAACUGCGGGCCAGAGCAGGAGCCGGAGACACCAACGGCGAUGUACGGCUACAUGCACCAGAGCCCCUACGCUACAACACCUCCAGUUCCCAAUAACUGGUCAGCACUGCAAAACCGUUCAAUUUAGAUGCACCAUAAAUAUUCCUCUAUUUGACGAGUUGGAACUUAAUAUGACAGGGGCAGUCUAUAAGAUAUGAAGAUGAGAUUUGAGGUCAUGCUUGCAGAAUCCAAACAACCAAGUAGUUGCUAGCAGCCUAUUACUAUUUGAACUAGGUGGCAGGUUUGAAUUGACCUGUGGAAGGAAAAGGAAGUGGAGAGAUCCCUUGUUUCCCGGGCAAUCUUCCUUCCAUCCCCAGACUGCCUUUUGCUGUUUUUUCUCUUUUUCCUUGGCUUCCAGAAACCCUACAUACUGAACGGGAUCUGGCAGCAGGCCUGCGUGGGAGGUUUCAGGAAACAUCAGGCUGAAAAGGAGAGGUGGAGACACAGGCAGAGAUGUGUAUGUAUGUGUCAUCUGUACCUGCGUGGGUCCAAGAACAAACUGUGAAGUUCAUGUAUCCAGGCCUGCCUCCUGAAGAAACAAAGCAAUAUCCCCCAUGGGGAUUUUGUUCUCUCCCCCCA